UUCGAGUGAAGGUCCUUCCAUAUUUCAAGCCAAUCAGCACGCAGAGAACAAGCCGAGCCAAGUCCCAGUGUUCUAAAUUCAUUUUUGCAUUUGCCAGCUCCAGCGCAAGCAACUCCGCACCAUGCAAAUCUUUGUCAAGACGCUCACAGGCAAGACCAUCACGCUCGACGUCGAGCCUUCCGACUCGAUCGACAACGUCAAGCAGAAGAUCCAGGACAAGGAGGGCAUCCCGCCGGACCAGCAGCGCCUCAUCUUCGCCGGCAAGCAACUCGAAGACGGCCGCACGCUCAGCGACUAUAACAUCCAGAAGGAGUCGACGCUCCACCUCGUCCUCCGCCUGCGCGGUGGCAUGCAGAUUUUCGCGACGCAGACGCCGGUGCAGGGCGACGAGACUCCUUCGAGUGAGUCGACCGAGAUGCGCCUCGUCGUCGCUCGAGGACCGAAGCGGUCGCGGGGUCUUGCCACGCUACCCCCCAAGGAGUCCAGCGGCGGCCGCAGCGCGCGCGUGCGGAAGCCCACCACCACGUACACCCCCGUUAUUGAAGCCAAGAAGGUCGGUCGUGGCCGGCCGCCUGGGUCCAAGGCCGGGGCCGCGACCGCCAAGGAUCCGGUCAAGCGACUCUUGAACCGCGUCCGUGCCCGCCUGUCCCAACUUCGAUACCAAACGACGUACAUUGAGACGUACGAAGCGGAUGGGUGGCGCAAGCGAAGCACCGAGAAGCUCAAGCCGAGCGGCGAACUGGAGAAGGCCCGACGCAAGCUGCGCUACGGCAAGCAGAUGCUCUUGGCCGACAUCCGCAGUUUCCAAGAGCACUACGCAGCGCAUCGGCCGCUGCCGCGCGACGCCGGCGAGAUGAACGAAGAAGACAUUUUGUGUGCCAAGUGCCUCCUCUCGACGACGGCGCCUGACAACGACAUUCUGAUCUGCGAGUCGCCUGGCUGCAACCGCGUGUACCACCAGCAGUGCCUUGAACCGGUCUUGCUCACAAAAGACCUUCCGGCCGAAGACGUCGACUGGUACUGCCACCUGUGCCGUGGUAUCUUCGAAGCCCUCCGGUUGACCAACUUGUCCUUUGGCACGGCGUGGAUGGCCGUCGAUGAAGUGUUUCCCGACCUUGAGGCAGAGACCGCAGCCGCCGAGAGCGACCUCAUUCCGUCCGACUCGGACGACGACGACUUUACAGGCGUCGAUUCCAAGGACGACGCGAGUGGUGAUGGCGAGUCUGAAGACGGCGGCUCGGAGGAUGCAAUGAGCGACAGUGAAAUCGCGUUCCACAAACAAGCACUCGCCACGGUGGAACCGCAACCAAAGCCGACCAGUGGGGAUGACGCAGUCGUGGUCGCUGGAAAGCGAAAGCGAUCGGUCGUCGACUAUCGCGCGUUGCUGGCGCAGCUGCCCGCUGACGAAGACGACGAUGAGGACAAUGACGAGAACGAGUAUGCGCCACCGGACGAGAGUCCAUCGGACCACAGCAAUGCAAGUUCGUCGGACAACGAAGAAGAAGAAGACCCGGCAACCCUUAUCGUUGCAGGCAAGCGGAAGCGAACACAUGUCGACUACCUUGCUCUUAAUGGCCAGCUCUUUCCCAACGACGCGGCGGGCGACGAAGAAGGCGACGCAGAGUAUGCUCCGAGUAAGCUCGAAACGAUUGCCGAGUCGUCAGACGAAGAAGACAUGGCUGCUGGCAAUGACGACGAGCCCUCUCUUCCUGUGAGGGAGAAACGAAAGCCUGGGCGGCCGCGAAAGCCCGUGGAUCCCAACGCACCGCUGCGCAAGCGUGGCCGUCCACCGACCAAGCACCUCAAGCUGGCGGCAGCCACUUCGUCGUCCGCAUCGACCUCGAACGAGGCGACAGCAACUUCUCUCAAGCGGAAGCUUUCGAUGGGCGAGGCUGAACAAGGCCCGGCUUUGAAACGCAGCUCAUCGCCCGAUGAUGAAAGGGCGCCUGGCAUCUCUUCGACGUCGUUACCGAUCUCACUGGUGCCGUCAACGGAGCCCGUGGCACUAGGGAAGCGACAACGGACGCCCGUGGACUAUGUCGCUCUGAACGGCGCGUAGUUGCAAGGCCUUGGUAGCCGAGUCAAUUUAUGCUUUGUU